AUUCCGCUUGACUUUCUCGUGAUGACAUGUAAACAACUUGUCCAUACUUCAAAUGCAAUUUGUAAAUAGAUAGCAUCCCGAACCAAGUCUUUCCGAAUAGAACAGGCUGCAAAACCGAGAAUUAUCGCUUUGCCCGUGGGUUUUGGCCGGAUAGGGGCAACGGUUUCAAAACCUCUCUGCAUUGGGCAAGCGGUGCAACCAUUCGCAAGUGCAAUAUGGAACCGACGUCACAGACGAAAGGCAGUUCCGAGUCCGAGCUACGGGAAGACGUACCGAACGAUAACCCCGAGACGUACUGUCGACUAUGUUUCUCCGAAACCAAUGUGCAUCCUCUCUUCCCACAGCAUGGAGGGCUGAUACGGGAAAUGACGGAAAAGAUAAGACGAUGCGCCGGCAUACAUAUCAGUGUGCGGGACGACUAUCCGGCUGGAUUAUGCUUUGCGUGCCUAUCGAUACUCGACGAAAUCCACCAGUUUCAGCAGCGAAGUAAACACUGUGACGAAAUCAUCCGAACGAAGCGUGGUCUGCUGGAGCAAAUAACGGUGAAGGUGGAAAUGACUGAGGAGGACGGUGUACACUUUGUCCCCCCUGGCGGAGGAAGCUGUACCGGUCUGGGAGCUAGUGAAGACUACACCAAUGACGAUUGUCUUACCGAGAGCAGUAUUAUUGCGGAAGCUAUUACCAGUUUGAACGGAAUUGGCGAACUGAUGGGAGCAUUUCACAACAGUACCGACCCGUCGUCCACAUCGCUGCUGUUAAAAACCGAGGUAGAAGGUAGUGCCGGUAGUAAGGACCAUCGGUGUAUGGUAUGCAGCAAGCUUUUCCCGGAUCGCGAAGCAUGGAUGAUCCAUUUGGCGGAGCAUGCCGACGAACGGCCCUACCAGUGCAUGGAGUGUUUGGCACAGUUUCGCGAGAAGCGAUCCCUAGCCAGACACAUGAAAGCCGUACACGAGGAAGUGCGCGAUCGCCAGUGCCCAUACUGUCCUAAGUCAUUCAAGUACAGCCAUCAUCUGCGAUACCACAUACGAACGCAUACGGGAGAGAAACCGUACGUCUGCGAGAUAUGCAACGAUUGCUUUUCGCAGCACAUACAGUGGAAACGGCAUAUGGCAAAGCACCAGCAGGUACGGAAACCCCCGCCACCGCCACCGCCAGUUGCCGUUGCACCGCGAAGCACUCCUGCCGAAGAACCAAAAACAAUCAAAUGUGAAUUUUGUCCCCGGGUGUUCUCGCGCCUGCAAGACUACCGGAGGCACCAACCGAGCCAUAAUGCACACAACCUUAAUUUAAGCUCUUUGCAGCACCAUGCACAACUACAUCACCUGCAACAACAGCAGCACCAACCAAGUUUACAGCAAAACAAUAUAAUACUUCAGCACCCGCAACUAGCGCCUCACGUACAACCUCAAGACAACCUCGCACAUCUAGGCACGCAAUUAGCGCAAAGAGAAUAGCACCGUAAAGGUAAAUUCACCUAUUUCUACCGGUGCAACGGUGCUCGGACGACCAAACUGCAGUUUCCUACUUCGGAGAGGAAUACUAACUUUCGUUUCCCACACGAACGAAAGCAUGCAAGUACCGAUAUUCGAAUAAAAACCAACCACAGUUAGUUUAUUGUA